GCGUCUCCACCCGAUGCUGCCCAGACGCUGACGGCUGCAGGUGAUAGUUCACUCCGCAGACCACGAGCGUUUUCCGAAGAAACACGGGAGCCGGUGCGGUGUCUAGUCAUACAGCUGCCAAUGAAGGUGUCUUUUCUAUAAAGAAAUCUUUAAUUUACAUUUGUAACUGAGGGAAAACAAGCACAUCGCAAUUACUCUGCUGAGGGAAGUGCGCAAGCGCGUACGCUAAGAUACAGGGAAUUUCAACAUUGGAAGGAUUUCUUUCAUCAGAAGGGACAUUUAAAGGAAAUAGCAUCGCUGUUCUGAUUAAAAAAAAAAUAUUUUAUGCAUUGUGGUCCACAUUUCUGAAUCGUUUCUCUUUAGAUUCAAGCCUUCGCCUCGUCGUUAUCGAUCAUGGCAUGGCCCUGUAUUACCAGGGCUUGCUGCAUCAACCGCUUCUGGAGUGAGUUUGACAAAGGUGACAUUGCAGUGCCUUUGGUUUUCACGAAGUAUUCAGAUGUGGCCGAGGUGCAACAUCUGCACCCUCAGCCCAAGCCAUUAAUAUCACAGAAGCCGGUCAUCACAGAAUCCCAGCCUGCCCAUAGCGCUCACCAGGAGGCGUCAACCAGAGCGACUCACGCCGCCGCUGAUGCCGCAGCAUCAUCAUCUCAAGACGGGUCAGGCGCUUCUGUGAUGCGCGAGGAUUUCAAAGCCUGGAGUGUGCGUCCGGAACCAAGCUGCAAACCCAGAAACGAGUUUCAGCCAUCAAAGGCCCCUUUCAGCAACGUGACUCAGUACCAGAAAGAUUAUAAACCGUGGCCCAUUCCGAAAAAAGGAGAUCAUCCGUGGAUCCCCAAACAACCCACUCAUGCUGCACCCUGUAAGGCUGAGAGCAAGUUCUCCAAACAGGAGCAGGCCGCUUCUGAGGUUGAUACCGGUGUGGAAAAAUGUGAGCUUGAAGAAAAACAGCACGAAAAAGAGAGUAAAGAAAGGAGAAAGAAGGUAGACAAAAAAGAGCAUGUGUCAGAGGGGAUCAAAAUGGAGCAAGGUGUUGCAGUGGAGGGAAAGAAGAGGUCGGCUGCAGAUGCUCGCAACAGGCAGAUUAAGGAGGAAGUCACAUCUGGAAGUUCAUAUAGGACGGAGUUUAAGGCUUACAGAGAUGUCAAACAAGUGAAACCCAUCAAAGCGAAAUCUCAGUACAAACUUCUAGCGGAGGAGAAGACCAGCCUGGAGACCAGUUACAGUGCCACCUUUAAAGGAGAGCAGGUCAAACCUCAGGCCACAGAUAACAAGCUGUUGGAGCGCCGUCGGAUACGAAGCCUGUACAGUGAACCAAGCAAAGACUCCAGCAAGGUGGAGAGGCAUAAUAUAUCACUGUCCAAGCCAAAAAAGACAUCAAGCCAUAGCAAAACAGUGAAAAAAGCAAAGGAGAAGCCAAUCGCUGGGAGUCAAGCUGCCAAGAAGAAAACCUCAGAGAGCAACCAGGAGCCAAAGCCAGAGGGAGGGGUCACCAAGAAAAGCAAAGAAAUGAUCAACAGACUAGCCGAGGCAAAAGAUUAAGUGCACUUUUGUGUUUGGGGGGUUGAGGAGGCUAUAAUACGGAAUAGAGGACUCUCAUCCCCUUGUUAAUGACCUUACUCUAAUGGCCCGACUCUGAUGGUGUCGUUACCUACGUAUUGUAGUGGAUCAAGGCUUGUCUGCUUGAUUUGUCUUGACUGUGUGGCCACUGUCCAGUCUAUAAUGAAUCUAUCUUUGCUUUUGCCCUGCGUCUGCUCCCUUUCCAUAUACAUCAAUAGCUUUCUCUGUGGCAAAGAUGAUUCACGAAUCCUUGUUGCAUGCUGCCUCUGAGCAAAUGACCAUAUGCCUUAUUAUAUAAGAUAAGGUUUUUGCUUUAUCUUGCAUUGAAGGAUAUUUACUGCAAACAAUAAUGGUCUUUUCUUUCAAGCAAUCUAAUGUGAUAUGGACUUCAUUUAAAGUAUAUGGACCACUCUAAUUAGAUGCACCAAUAGCAUUGCUCAAACACUAAGAUGUAAUAUUUGUCACCACACAGUUAGAUUAUAACAAUGUUGUAUUCCUCACAAACAGUCAACAACGAACACAAGAACGUCUUAACAUCUCAAACUGCAUGUUUAAAGAUUGCGUGACACCUGAAAUUAGCAGUUAGGAGCCUUACGAGUGCACAAGAGCACCAUGUUUAACAAAUGAACACAAUCCAGCUUUACUUUUUGAGUAUUUCAGUUCUUUCGACACCAGUGCCAGUCAUUUUUAAACAAAUUGAGGCAUGGUCUCUCUUAAAGUGUUAUUGUUACCUUGUAGUGUAGAGCAUUAUGCUAUGGAGACCUAUUUACGCUUAGCUUGCUCUGCUCUCAAUAAAGCAACGUUCAAAUGUGCUCUCAUAUGCAUCAUGCUAUGUAAUAAGAGAAUUUGCUGAUGUAAACCUAAAACUGCCUGCAUUCCUUGCGUAUGCUGUAAAAUGGAUGAUUGACUUGGGAAGAAUGCUGCUAAGCAUACAGCUGAGGUCCAUGUGACUGACAGACAGAAGCAUGCCCUUCAUAGUCAUCUGUAUGUUAAUCAUCAUUCUGACCCGAUCUGGUCUGGAGGGGUGAGAGCCCUCUCAGUGUAAAUCUACAGCCUCUUGGUCCCGAGCUCCUCCUGGGUUGUCCUACACGUGCUGUGCACACCAUUCUAGGUGCUAUCCUCAAGCUAUGCUUUCCAUAACAGUAGUGCCUGUAUAUUGAGCAACAUAGGGCCAUCAGAUGUCCAAGUGGUAAUUCUAAGUGUGAUGUGCUUGUGUU